UGGCAGCAGGACAGUGUGUUUUUCUGGCUCAUCGACGGGGAAGCAUGAAGUUGUUCAUUCUGGUGGCUCUGUUCGGGCUCGGCUUCGCCCAACACAACCCUCAUACCAAGCAUGGAAGGACAGCCAUCGUCCACCUGUUUGAGUGGCGUUGGGCCGACAUCGCUGCAGAGUGUGAGCGUUUCCUGGGUCCCAAUGGCUUUGGUGGAGUUCAGAUCUCUCCUCCAAAUGAGCACAUUGUGCUGAACAGUCCCUGGAGACCCUGGUGGCAGAGAUACCAGCCAAUCAGCUACAACCUGUGCUCCAGAUCUGGCAGCGAGAACGAGCUGAGAGACAUGAUCACCAGAUGCAACAACGUUGGGGUCAACAUCUAUGUGGACGCUAUCAUCAAUCACAUGUGUGGAGCCUCGGGUGGAGAGGGAAACCACUCCUCGUGUGGAAGCUGGUUCAGCGCUGGCAAGAGGGACUUCCCCAGUGUCCCCUAUUCCCACUGGGACUUCAAUGACAACAAGUGCAGGACUGGCAGCGGUGAAAUUGAAAACUAUGGUGAUGCUUCUCAGGUACGUGACUGUCGUCUGGCCAGUCUGUUAGACCUCGCCCUGGAGAAGGAUUAUGUUAGGGGCAAGGUGGCUGACUACAUGAACAAGCUGAUUGACAUGGGUGUGGCUGGAUUCAGAGUGGAUGCCUGCAAGCACAUGUGGCCUGGUGACCUGGCGGUUGUCUAUGGUCGUCUGCACAACCUCAGCGCCAGCUGGUUCCCCAAUGGCUCCAAACCCUUCAUCUACCAAGAGGUUAUUGAUCUGGGAGGUGAGCCCAUCACAUCUAGUGAGUACGUCCAUCUGGGAAGGGUAACUGAGUUCAAAUAUGGUGCCAAACUGGGAACUGUCUUCAGGAAAUGGAAUGGUGAGAAGCUGUUUUACACCAGGAACUGGGGAGAGGGUUGGGGUUUCAUGCCUGAUGGUAAUGCUGUUGUCUUCGUUGACAACCACGACAACCAGAGAGGCCAUGGUGCUGGUGGUGCAUCCAUCGUUACCUUCUGGGACUCCAGGCUCUACAAGAUGGCUGUUGGUUACAUGCUGGCCCACCCUUACGGAGUGACCAGGGUGAUGUCUAGCUUCCGUUGGAACCGCCACAUUGUGAAUGGAAAGGAUCAGAAUGACUGGAUGGGCCCUCCCAGCCAUAGUGAUGGAUCCACCAAGUCUGUUCCCAUCAACCCUGACCAGACUUGUGGAGAUGGAUGGGUGUGUGAGCACAGAUGGCGUCAGAUCAAGAACAUGGUCAUCUUCCGUAACGUGGUCAAUGGACAGCCUCACUCCAACUGGUGGGACAACCAGAGCAACCAGGUUGCCUUUGGACGUGGUAAUCGUGGUUUCAUCGUCUUUAACAAUGAUGACUGGGACCUGGCUGUGACCCUGAACACUGGUCUGCCUGGUGGCACCUAUUGUGACGUCAUUUCUGGACAGAAGGAAGGAAACAGGUGCACUGGGAAGCAGAUCCAUGUGGGCGGUGAUGGCCGAGCUCACUUCAGGAUCAGUAACAGAGAUGAGGACCCCUUCGUUGCUAUUCAUGCUGAAUCCAAGCUGUAAACAUAUUCUCUAUGACAGAUAAAUCUUAUUUUUCAGCUUUAA